AUGUCGAGCACAUGUGGUAUUGGGAAGAGACGUGAAGAACAUGUACAAAUGGACCGGAGAAAGAAGAGGAGAACAGACAAGAAGAAAGAGUAUGCUGGUGAGAGGAGAACAGACAAGAAGAAAGAGUAUGCUGGUGAGAGACAGCAAGAAACAUGCGGCGCAGCGUUGCAGCCGCUGAAAAUGAUAUUCCAAAAUGCGUUGAAUCGAGUCCUCAUUGCCCCAGAUCAUCGCGAAAACUUGAAUAAUGCUUUCACAGCGCUAGAAGAAAUGUACAAUGACAAGCAAGCGCAGCUACAAGAGCUCAAGAAGGACAAGGCAGCGCAGCUACAAGAGCUCAAGAAGGACAAGGCAGCGCAGCUACAAGAGCUCAAGAAGGACAAGGCAGCGCUCCAGAAGCACAAGGCAGCGCAGCUGGAGAUAUCUCAGGGGUUGCUUCAGGAUACACGCCGUUCCUUAGCUGAGGCGAGGGAGAAAUGCCUUCAGACAGAAUCCAGCCGACAUGCAGUGCUCAACAACAGAGCCUUGAUCGAGAUCGGCUUGCUUCGCAAAUUUCCUGGCAUGACUACAACGCAAGCGCUCGAUCAUUUCAUCGCUAAACAUCUGCUGCAAAAUCCAAAGCAACGCAAAUCGCGUAAGCUUCGACCAGAUUGCGUGAGCGUGUGCAAUCAGCUUGCAAACCAGUACAACCUGGCCUGCAGCCACGCAUCAGUAGCAAACGAGCUUUCAGGCCUGAUGCAUGAGAUCUCCAAGCCUGUGCAUUCUCGCAUGAAAGCACCAGCCGGCUACUUCGUCGGAGGGCCAUCGCCGCUCGCCCAGGCGAUCGCAUGCGUGCUCUUGAAGUUGCAGGGCCUCGGGUCCAUUGCAAGAGACAUGGAUGUUUUCCUCAUCGACGACGGGGGAAAGAUCGUAUGUCGAUUAGCCAACGGCAAGAUCCAACCAGCCUCGCCCUCGAAGCCUGGCAGCUGA